GCAGAACCGACGCAUCGUCGUCUACUCGUACUGUCAGCAGAGCACCAUGGGGAUGCAGUGCGAGCAAACCCUAGACCGGAGUGAGCCUCGAGCAUCCUGUCAACGAGAUGGUGACGGCGAUUCCCGACAUGAAGAAACAUGGAUCCCCUACCUUCCUGAGGACAUCUGGCGCCACAUACAUUCUUUGAUGCCAAUGGACGCCGCUGCUCGUGCUGCCUGUCUUUCUCGCACCUUUCUGAAUUCCUGGAGAUGUUAUCCCAGGCUCGAUCUGGAUCCGGGUACGCUUUGCUCCAAGAAGACAGAUGAAAGGCAUUUCAGGUGUAGAGUUGACAGUAUUCUGAGGAACCACUCAGGCAUUGGCCUCAAGAUAUUGAAGCUUAACUUAUGGCUUAGAAAGAGUUACUUUCCUUACCUGGACAGUUGGCUCCAAGCUGCUGUCACACCAGGGAUUGAAGAGCUCACACUUUGGCUGUGUGAAGAGUACAACUUCCCAUGCUCAGUUUUAUCUGAUGGGGUUAGAGAUUCAGUUCGGUCUCUUCAACUUAUCUUUUGCACCUUCCGUCCCAAGUCUGAACUUGGCCUUUUGAGAAGCCUAACAAGACUGAGCCUAUGUUACGUGCGUAUCACAGGGGAGGAAUUGGAGUGCCUUCUUUCCAACUCCCUUGCUUUGGAGCACUUGGACAUUGAUCGUUGCAAGGAGAUAGUUUUGCUUAAGAUACCAUCCGUCCUGCAGCAGCUCAGCUACCUGGAGGUUCGUGGGCUUGAGAAUCUGCAAGUUGUAGAGAAUAACGCACCAAAUCUCUCCAGAUUUUUCCUUGGAGGAGUAGAAAAAGUUAAAAAACUCUCUCUUGGAGGACAAAAGAUGAUGAAGGUCUUUACCUUGUGCCGUAGGAGCGCCGUUAGCUAUGCCCUUGCUGAGCUCCCGUCCAUCAUGCCAAAUCUUGAGUCUCUUUAUUUAUGUUCGACCUCUGAGGUUCAUACGCCACCAAUGCCGCCCACCAAAUUCCUCAACCUCAAGUACCUGUUCAUUCAGAUCUGUGGAGGGACCAUUUCCCAACCCUACGAUUACUUUUCUCUGGUUUCUUUCUUGGAUGCAUCUCCUUCCUUGGAGACUUGGUGCCUGAAUGUACAUCAAGAUCGUCGGGAGCAUGAGUCGGUCUUUGGAGGAGGUUCUGCUUUACAUUUGAGGCAGCUGCCUGAACACCUCAAGUUGAAGAGUGUGGAGAUCACAGGGUUCAGAUCUGCAAAGAUCUUGGUGUUUAGGGGAAAAUAACAGGGAUUGCCGGGAUUUUAUGUGCGGUCCCAUUAGCAAGGCUGAGCUCGAGGAAGCCUCCAGAGCAGUGGUGG